AUGGCAGACGGUAUGAAGACUGGAAGAGGAGGAACAAGAGGAGUCGUAAAUGUUGAGAUUCAACACUCCUCCUCUCCCUCCUCCUCGUCGGUCUGGCAAGGCUUUGGGAGGAAGGUGAGACUGUUGCUGCCGUACGUGUGGCCCAAAGGCACCGCGGCGCUGCAGGGACUCGUGCUGCUGUGUGUGUGCCUGCUGGUGGCAGAGCGGCUGGUUAAUGUGCUCGUGCCCGUUUACUCCAAGAACAUUGUGAACGAGCUCUCUGCAGAAGGCGGAUGGACUUCGCUGGUCGUCACCGUCUGCAUCUACACACUGCUCAAGUUCCUACAGGGAGGAGGGGCAGGUACCUCUGGUUUCAUCAGCAACCUUCGUCAGUUCAUGUGGAUCAAAGUUCAGCAGUUUACCAGCAGAGGCGUUCAGGUGUAUCUGUUUUCCCACCUGCACGGCCUGUCCCUGCGCUGGCACCUGGAGAGACGCACCGGAGACGUGCUGAGGAGCGUCGACAGAGGCACUUCCUCCAUCAACAACCUGCUGAGCUACAUCCUGUUCAGUAUCCUUCCCACCAUCUGUGACAUCAUCAUUGCCAUCAUCUACUUCGGCUCCUACUUCAGCGUCUGGUUUGGACUCAUCGUGUUCACCUGCAUGGUGCUCUACCUCACCUGCACCAUCCUGAUCACAGAGUGGAGGACCAAAUACAGGAGAGAGAUGAACGAUCAAGACAACCAUUCCAAGUCCAGAGCCGUGGACUCACUGCUCAACUUUGAGACGGUCAAAUAUUACUGCGCUGAGGAUUACGAAGUCCGCUGCUUUGAGGAAGCCAUUCUGAAAUAUCAACACUGUGAGUGGAAGAGCUCAGCCUCCCUGGCUCUGCUGAAUCAAACCCAGAACAUCAUCAUAGGAUCAGGACUGCUGGUUGGAUCUCUGCUCUGCGCGUACCUCGUCUCCGAGGGACAAUUCCAGGUUGGAGACUAUGUUCUGUUUGGCACCUACAUCAUCCAGCUGUACACGCCUCUGAACUGGUUUGGUACCUACUACAGGCUGAUUCAGAGUGCGUUUGUUGACAUGGAGAACAUGCUGGCUCUGUUGACGGAGCAGAAAGAGGUUCAGGAUGUUGAGGAUGCUCAGGACUUGCAGCUAACAGCAGGUCAGGUGGAGUUUGACAGAGUCUGUUUCAGCUACGUACCUGGCACUGAGAUUCUCAGGCAUGUGUCCUUUACGGUGGAGGCGGGACAGACGGUUGCUUUGGUUGGUCCGUCUGGAUCAGGGAAAAGCUCCAUCCUGCGUCUGUUGUUCAGAUUUUAUGACCCUCAGAGUGGCAGCAUCCGCAUCGACGGGCAGGACAUAUCCAAGGUGCGUCAGUCUUCUCUGAGGUCGUACAUCGGCGUGGUUCCCCAGGACACUGUUCUCUUCAACAACACCAUCGGCAACAACAUCCGCUACAGCCGAGUUACAGCUAGCGACCAGGAGGUGGAGAGAGCGGCCAUGGCUGCUGACAUACACACCAGGAUACUGGAGCUACCUCAGGGAUAUGACACGGAGGUGGGGGAGCGAGGUCUGAAGCUCAGCGGGGGGGAGAAGCAGAGAGUGGCGAUCGCUCGAACCAUCCUGAAAGAACCUCGGAUCAUUCUGCUGGACGAGGCCACGUCUUCACUGGACACCCAGACUGAGAGGAACAUCCAGGCUUCACUGGCCAAGGUCUGCACCAACAGGACGACUAUAGUGGUCGCACACAGGUUGUCCACCAUCGUCGGAGCAAACCAGAUCCUGGUGGUUCACAACGGACAGAUAGCAGAGAGAGGAAGACACGAGGAGCUGCUGAUCCAGGGCGGUCUGUACGCAGCCAUGUGGACGAAACAGCAGAAAAGUCACGACACUCAAACAGAAACACAGAUGAACAAUCAGACUCCAGACACUUGACAUUGAACUGAAAGAAAUGUUUUAAGCAUAUACUUUUUUUGUCACAUUCCGAUGUAUCGUCAUCUCGUGUAUCUGCACCUGCGGCUCAAAGUAAAUCUGGAGAAGAAGAAACCAUGCAAAAUUAAAAUUGUCACUGUGAGCUGUUGUCAUCUUUCCAGCCUGGUCACCGAAACAAUUACGUUCCAAGGAAAACAUAUUUCCUUAGUGAGAACCGUAAUUGUAUCACGUAUCACAAACACACGUGGAAUCAAAGUCUGCGAAAAUCCACGCACACACACACACACACACACACACACACACACACACACACA